UUAGGUCUAGCUAUAAUAGGUUGGGUUAAGUUUAAGAAUGGCCUGGAGAUUACAGCAGACCUUGUUGUUGCCACAGAUAGCAUUCGUUCAAACACAAGAGCCGAAAUUGGAGUCGAGACUCACGCUACGCCUUUGUCUUCGUGCUGCUACCGCUGUAUUGUCCCUUACGAAAAGCUUGAAAAGCUUGGACUGACCGAAUAUGUGACCCGUAAUGCUAUCAAGUACUGGGGAGGCAUGGGUAUCGAGAAGAUCGUCAUGUCCCCGGCCGGUGGCGGCUCCAUGAUCUGCUGCUACUGCUUCUACCCAGCCUCACUUAACGACACUCGCGACGAUGGCUGGAACGUUUCUGCUACGCCCGAGCAGCUGGUUGAGACAUUCAAGACAAUCGAACCGAAUAUGAAGAGACUCUUCGCCGAGGCAGAGGAUAUCAAGAUGUGGCGGCUCUACGAUCACAAGCCCUAUGAAUACUGGGUUAAAGGCAAGGUUGCACUUUCAGGAGACGCCGCUUAUCCCAUGAUGCCUGAUCAGAGCCAGGGAGCUGUGAGUGCCUUUGAGGAUGCUGUAGCACUUAGUUUGCUAUUUUCUGAAUCUAAUCUCGCGAAAAAGUCUGUGGAGCAGCUUCUUAAGAAGUACGAGUCUCUUCGUAAGCCUAGAGCCACUAUGCUUCAAGCUGCGAGCUUAAGAGCUCGCCUCGAUCUUACUGAGAGGAUUGGAUGGAGUUCUGUCGAUACUAAGCCCGGCAAGCUAACUAUUGAGGAUGUGGCGGGAUAUAAGAUAGUAAACGAGAUUGCUUCUAAGUGGAGUGAUAUUGCUAUUAUCUCUAGUGACCUUGUGUGUGAGAUACUGUUAGCCGAAAGCUCGCAUCUCUGGUCGCAGAAGAACAAUGCCCAAGAGAGCAACACCAUCUUUGAUGGUAGCGGCGAGAGGCUCACUGUGGGAAUACUGGCUCCGACAAUGGCACAGCUUGGUCCGCGAACCGCGAUAUUCAUACAGCGUUCAACCCAAGCAGAUCCCGGUGGGGUUUGCCGCUUCAAGCCAAACCUAGAUGACCCGCUCGUUAUGGAGGAUGAAUGUAGCCAUGACGCACACGUCGCUACAUCGGUCGUUGGUUUUGCGCAGAGUCCAUCCUCCUUGGCCCCUAUGGGAAGACGGAUCAAGGCACAACGCUUAAGCGGUGUGGGCCUCGUGCUCGAGACUGAGAGGAUCAAACCGUAUGUUGCCGUCCUGGGACAUCUGUUUGGUCAUUCAUCACCUGCGUUCGCUGCCUAA